UGUUCCAGUUGAUUGACCGAAAAAAAAACCCCUUCCGGUUGUGGCCUCCCAUCGGAAUUCCCUCCACGAUGCUGGACCAACUUUUCACCAAGCACCAGGACCUGAAGGAGGCCGCGGCCAUCGAGCGUCGCCGUCAGUCUGAGGAGGCCCGCCGGGCCCGGAUCUUCAACGCCCGCCAACGGGUCAUCGGGAUCGACACGACGGCGUUGGAGCAGCAGCUGCAGGAAAAGCACGAACAGCUGCAGGCGGAGGAGGAGCGCAAGCGGAAGUUUGCCGAGGAGCAGCGGCGCCAGAACCAGGUCGUGAAUCGGAAGCAGCACGAGCAGCAGCAGCUGCGCCAUCUGCUCAACAGCGAAGAGAACCGCUUUCGGCGGUUGUAUCAGCGGCCGGAACAGUCGCGAGAUUUUGACCUGUUCGAUCCGGACGGGCUGAAGAAGGCACUGCCGGCUCGGGUCGGGGAUGACGAUCCGCGGUUGAGCGUUUCCGGCGCGCAAAAGUUUGACGGGGAGGACCUGACGGAGCGUGAGCGGCGCCGGUUGCAGAUGCAACAGCAGCGGUCCUGGCUGGAGCAGCAGAUACGGGCGAAACGGCAGGCCGAGCAGGAUCGAAUCGCUGGGGAGCGGUUUUUGGAGGAAGCGUUGGAAGCGCGAGAACAGCGAGUUCACCAGCUGGCCUCGGAAGAGCGUUACGCGAAGCAGAAGAUUAAGGAAUCGGUGGACAACUUCAACCGGCAGUUGAUGAAUCAGCAGGAGUACGAACGGCGCCAGAAGAAGCAACAGGAAGAGGAAGACAACCGGGCGGAAAUCUACAACCAUUUGUCGAGUGACAUCUUGACGGAGAACCCGGAGGUAGCGAAGAGUGCGCUUGGACCGAACCGCAUCAUCCCGUACAGCUACAAGGGCAUGAGUCCGGAGGAGCUGGAGCAGAUCCGGAAUGGCCAGCUGGAGCAGCAGCAAGAGAUGAGGCGCCUGCGGCAAGCGGAAGCAAACAACAAGGAAGCUUGGGAUCGGCUGGCGAACCAGUUCGAUCAGACCGUCGUGAUGAAGGAUCGCGAGUUGAACCAACGGCGUAGGGAGCUGGCCGGCAGGGUCGGGUUUGAGAACCUGCAACUCUCGGACGAGCAACGGCGCAAGCUGGAGUUCAUGGACCGGCAGCUGUACCAAAACCGGCCAACAAUGGAGUAUUUCAACCAAUUCAAUACGACCAGCAGAUAGAAGGGGGCGUUUCUUUUUGCCGUUCCAGAUAUUGCACGUGUGAGGCUUUCUAGUGUGUGUGGUUUGGUCAAUAAUUUAUUACACAUUGCUUUCUUAUAUCAAUUAAUGAGGGAUACCUAAAUAUACAAAUUAUUAGAGUG